CGAUGUACCGCGCCUUGAAACUAUUCCGUGCUGAUGUCAUGACUCUGUAGUGGGGUAGAGUACUAGGUACGAGGGUACCUACCUAGUAGCUAUUAUAUUGUACCUCCCGAACUCACGUACAUGAUAUAUAUUCUUUAUUGUACAUUUUGUAUUUAUAUCUCCCUAUUUUUUCUCACUUAUUUACUUUGAUUCAUUUCAUUCGACUUUCAACUGUAUUCGAUAAUUCGAAUUAAUCAUGUCGUUUCUACGAAACCCCGCAGCUCUCUUUGCUCUAAAUCUCACUACUUUGGUAGGUGUUGUGGGAAGCACCUACAACUUAAGAUCGCAUAUGGUGGAGCUCUCGGAGGACCAUGAAGCAAGAAUGGAUGAGUUGGAGGGUACCUUGAGAGGACAUAUUGGACUUAUCGAAGAUGCUCUUGAUAGAUUAGAAGGGAAGCCGAAUGGAAACAAGAUGGAAGAAUAUUAUGGGAAAAGAGCUAGGGAUGAGAAGAAAACUUGAUUAGCCGGCAGAGGAAAUCUGAUCUCAGCAUUUCCAAUUGAGAGGGCAUAAACCAAAUUUCGGAUCUGUGAUAGGUGUACUUAGGAUCAUUGCAUCUUUUUCGGGACUAGACUGCUUGUAAAGAUGGCCAUUCGUGCGGUCCCCUCACGCAUGUGAGAACUUCAUCCCUUGCACAUGAGGCUCUUUUUGUAUUGAGAUGUGACAAUGAAAGAACUGCUACAAGAUGUUAAGCUGGAAAAGUAGUCAACUUGAGAAACACUGUUACGGUCUUUCACUCAGAAUCAAAAGAAGGUAUGAUAAACAUAAUAAUUCUUUGCAGGGAUGCCUAUCCUAUCAUUCUAGC